AUGAUCCUCGUCAAAUCACCGUUCGAAACCCUCGACCUCAUCGCUUCGGCAAUUGAGUCUCCAGCUGAUCUCAGAAACCUGGGUGCAACAUGCAAGCUACUCCAUUUCGUCGUCUCGCCCAGCCACACCCAGUAUCGUGAGAUUAGAGCGCCGCUGUUGUCGCCAGUAUGGAGAGCGCUCACGGAGAACUGCUCCCUGGCACAGAAUGUGCGUGUCGUUGAGGUCCAAUCCACCCAAGUCAGACAAUUUCCUGACCGCGUCGACGGCCCGAUUGUCCCUGUCGCCUUUCUGGAAUCCAUCGUCAAGCAAGAACCCAAGGAGAAGGGAAAGGACAGAGUCAUUUCUGCUGAAGACCCCAGAACAGCGAAUAACGCAGUUGACCUUGCUGCGGGGCGAAUUUUCGUCGUUGCCCUAAAAGCGAUGGUCAACUUGAUAUUGUUCCGGUGGACGGAAAAGCAUGUGACCCGCCCAUCGAAGCACGCGGAUUCGAAGGAGGCGCUUGAGGCUGGACUAAUGUCAUGUCGUAGUCCAUGA